AUGAACAUCCUAACCAAAGAAAACUUCAGCAUGAGCGGCGAGAUCCAUCGAGCGGGCCAAAGCGUUCUUGAAGGAUACGAAAGUCAGGCACUGAACCACAGCGACCCGUUGGACAUGUUCAUCGGCAUGGAGCUUUUGCUUCGUUUCAAGCCUCUCUUCAUGCCUCUUUACUGCCUCGUGGUUGUCAUAGCCAGCGUGGGGAACACUUUCCUGUUGACUUGCAUCCUGGUGGACAAAAAGCUCCACAAUGCUACUAACUUUUUCAUCGGUAAUUUGGCUGCCGGAGAUUUGCUGAUGUGUUUGAGCUGCGUGCCGCUGACCAUGUCGUACGCCUUCGACAGCCGGGGCUGGGCUUUCGGGAGUCCUCUGUGUCACCUGGUGCCCCUAGUUCAAUGUGCCACUGUCUUUGCAUCAGUGCUUUCCCUCACUGCCAUCGCGGUGGACCGAUAUGUUGUCAUUGCUCACCCAGUGCGUAGGAGGAUCUCAUUGAGGGGCUGCGGUACAGUGACAGUGGCCGUGUGGCUUUUAUCGCUGGCCUUGGCUGCCCCUUCAUCGUUCUACACGCGUUACUUGGACCUACGGCCCACUGGGCUCAACCUGGUGGUUUGUGAAGAAUUCUGGCCAGAAGGCAGCAACCUGCGGCUGCUGUACUCCUGCUUCGUCCUCAUAGCCUCCUACAUGAUCCCACUGCUAUCCGUCAGCAUCUCAUACUGUGCCAUCAGCGUCAGCCUGAAGCGUAAUUUCGUGCCUGGGGAGCAGACGGGCAGUAAACGCCACUGGAAGCAAAAGCGGAAAAAGACCUUCUCUCUUUUGGUGGCCUCUGUUCUGGCAUUUGCUUUGUGUUGGCUUCCUUUGCAGGUGCUGAACCUGUUGCUGGACCUGGACCCAGACUGCGACAUCAUCGGAAAGCGCUACGUCAAUAUCCUACAAGUGUGCUGUCAUUUAGCAGCAAUGAGCUCAGCGUGCUACAACCCCUUCAUCUACGCUUCGCUGCACAGCAAGGUACGCAAACACCUGAAAGGUUACCUGUACCCUUGUAACAACCGAAGGAUGGUGCAAAGUUCCUUGUCUAAAACCUGA